AUGUUGGACGAGAAUCUCCCCACCUUCUUCCUCAAACCGACGACAGACAACAAAUACAAUGAGGCCUUCUACUUCACGCAGCAUGGAACUGAACCGGAAGCGACUUACCUCCUCAACCACCUCGACCCUGCUUCCCAGGAAGCGCGGAACACAUACGCCGUAGCCCUCGUAGACCCGCACAUACCCGACGUAGUUUAUGCGGAGGUACUGGCAAAACCGGACUGGUCGCUGCCCACGCUGUCGCAGGAUGAGAUACGCAAGAACGGAGGCAUUGCACCACCACCGCAGCCCAUAUUCCCCACCGAGUUCGCGAUACAGCUCUAUAAUCCCGACCAGCAGGUGGUCCUGAAACAGCACGUCUCAAAAUGGACGAACGCUGUAUCUUACGAGUUCAGCAUGCCACAGACCUCGUUCAGAAUACCGAGCUCUUCAGUAUUAGAUCGUACCCAGCACGACCCCUUGGCAGAUCCAUCCGCGCCGAAGCUCAACUUUGCGUGGAGGCGGGAGGGCAGAAUCGGCAAGGAUAUGGCCUGCUAUCUGACCGGAAAGUCUACGGAUUUGACUGGCAAGAAAGCAAAGAAGAGCAAAGAGCCAGAUAUCACGAUUGCACUCUUUUCCUCUUUGAAAGAGAUGACUAUCAUGGAGCCGAACUUAUACCGUGUUGAGAUGGAAGACUUCAAGGGGCUUGAGGUUGUGUUGCUACUCGGGGCAGCCAUCAUCAGGGAUAUAUUCUUCGGCAACCCAAGGGAAGCGUUCCACAUCAUCGAUCCAGCGACAAGAAAGAACAGUGCAGGGCUUAAAGGUAAAAAGGGGUCUCCACCCCCACAUGCACUCCAUACCACUCCUCCGGUAGUGACCUCUCGACCUUCAACUCAAUCUCCCGUGCAAGCGCUCUCCAAAGCGGCCGGCGCGCAAGGCCUCUACUCUUCACCGACACUAGCGGGUCCUUCUCGUGCCUCUGCUCCCCCCAUACAGACAGCAAAUCAGCAGUCUCAACGACUAGACCCGCGCGCACAAUGGGAGAUUGACGCUGAAACAGCUCGAUUGAAGGCGCAAGCAGAGGCAGAAGCUCGCGAACAGAAACGCAAAGAGGAGAAGGCGCGGAAAAAGGCAGAAGAGGAGGAAGAAAGGAAGACGCGCAAGUUUCUAGAGCAAGAGGAAAAGCGAAGAAAACAGGAGGAAAAAGAGCGUCGACGACGGCAGGCCGAAGUUGAUGCGGAAACAGCGCGUCUCCGGAAACAGUUUGGGGAUCAGACUAAUCUGCUUCCUCAGGUAUCGAGACCUCAGCAACCGCCGAGACAAGGUAAUCUGCAUCCCCCGAGCCGACCCCAGCAACGACACUCCGCGCCGCUCCUGCAACCACCCUCGAGGCCGUCCCAGCGUCCUCCUCCGCAGCCAGCACGACCCAGUUGCUCGGGGCCGUACCUGCAGCCGCCUCAGGGACCUGGGCAUGGGCCAGGAGCCUCACACAGCUCCUUUUUCGGUAAUAGCCACAGUAAUGCAGGGACACAGCCGAAGAUGAAGAAGAAGAGCUUCUGGGGGCUGCGAAGUGCGAGCGAUUCGACAGUGAAUGGCCUGCGGAAGAAGCAGAGUAGCAUCAUGAAAACCGUCGCAAUUCUCGCCCUCGCGGGCGCCGCCUCUGCACAUUUCCGCGUCGAGUAUCCGUCGUGGCGUGGCGAUUCCUUUGCGGAUGGAGCAUCGCAGUGGUUAUUCCCUUGCGCCAAUGUCUCCGAGACCGUCGACCUUGGCAACCGCACUCAAUGGCCACCGACCGGCGGCUCCAUCCGGCUGAAGGUCUCACACCCCUGGGCUCUGACUUAUGUCAACUUAGGCCUCGGGACCAACGUCACAUCGUUCAACAUCAGCCUCGUUGACGGCUUCAACCAGACGGGCAACGGCACCUUCUGCUUAAAGGAGACCGGCAAUGCGAACAUCGAGGAAGCACUCAAGAAGGCCAACAUCAGCGCAGCGAGCCUUGACGGCCAGCAGGCCAGCCUGCAGAUCAUCCAGAUUGCGCAUAGCGGUGCUAGUCUUUACAACUGCGCGGACAUUACCUUCAACUCCUCGGCACCUCUUCUCUCCGACGAUGAGUGCAAGAAUUCGACUGGUGUUGGUGGCAUUGGAAUCCAGAACGCAGAUGCUGCUCAGACUGGCACCCCGACUAGUCCCACUGGAUCUACUAAGCCUACGGGCGCUGCUGCGGCACUGCUUCCUUGCGCUGGUGGAAGCGUGUUCGCAGCCUUGGUGGGAGCUCUGGUUAUGGUCAUGUAA